AUGGCUACCAAUAUCAGGCUCGCCUUUUUCGCUACUGAAAGGGGUCAGUGUGCUACAAAAGGAGGUCUAUGGGAGUGUGGACAACACACGCUGCGUUUUAACAUUCUCAAAAUUUCCUUCCAUACUACAUUUAGCUGGACGGCUGAGAGAAACCGAGUUAAAAUGGACGUUAGAGCAUCCAGCCCGUUUGCUUUCCAGUUGGACUCAAUAGAAUUGAACAGAAUGAUGAAGGAAGGAGAAGCAAUUGAUGAGCCAUCGCCACUACCACAUCCUCCCAGGUCGAGUGUUCUCAUUACCAUGUCUCCUUGUCCAGAGGAAGAUGAAGAUGAGCAAAAUAUGGAUCAUCGAAAUAGAGCACAGGGGCUUCGAGCCGCCGUCCUCGGAGCCAACGACUGGCUGGUCACCACGGCGUCACUGAUGAUGGGCGUGGGCGCGGUGAAAACAGACGCAAAGACAAUGGUGAUAUCUGGGCUGGCGGCGCUGGUGGCGGGGACGUGCAGCAUGGCCAUCGGCGAAUUCAUUUCCGUGCAAACGCAGCGCGACGUGGAGCUCUCCAACCUCAAGAGACAAAAGCAAGCUGGAAAAACAGAAGAAAAAGAGGGGCUUCCGAGCCCAAUUCAGGCCUCGUGCGCAUCGGCCCUUGCGUUUUCUGUAGGGGCACUGUUGCCUCUUAUCUCGGCUGCCUUUAUCACUGAGUAUAGUAUUAGGGUUGGCGUUCUGGUUGGAGUUUCGAGCUUGCUGCUCAUGAUCUUUGGUGCGAUUGGAGCUUACUUUGGGCGUUCUUCUAUUGUUAAGGGGAGCCUGAGAGUGUUGAGUGGAGGAUGGCUUGCCAUGUUAGUCACCUACGGUUUGCUGAGGCUGUUUAACGCUACAGCAGGUGUUUAA